AUGAACGAGGGGGAUGAAUUCAAUUCAUUUGAGGAGUUUCAAGACAAAUUACUACAAUGGUCUACAGCUACGAAUGUUAUCUGGGUUAAAAGCCACAGCAAAACUGUACAAAGUGCUAACCAAAAACUAUCCUCGAAGUCAAAAAAUUUUGACCAAAAAUUCAAGUUUAGAAACGUGCUGUACAAAUGUAAACAUGGAGGUGCCCCGAGAAGAUCAGGAAGAGGGUUACGACCAAAUCAAAGUUCCUUCAAGCAAGAAUGCAAGGCAAGACUUUUCCUCUCUGUCAACAAGGAGAAAACAAAGCUCGUGGUUCAGAAUUUGAUUACUGCUCACAACCAUGAAGUCAGCAAAGAUGCUUUUAAGCAUUAUCCAGAACAAAGACGGCUAAGUGAGGUGAAGAAAAAAGAAGUAGAAACAAUGCUUCAGCUAGGUGUAAAAGUCAAGUACCUUAAAGAGCAUGUGGAAAAACAGCAGAAUCAAAUUAUCACUCUUAAGGAUCUUCACAACAUACAUCAAAAGGCCAAAAGAGAAAGAACAGGGGAGAAGUCUGAGGAAGAACUAUUGAUGGAUGAAUUACACCAGCUAUGUGAAGAUGACCCUGAUGCUGUCAUAUCAGUUCAAACUAACAAUGAGGGAGUAUUGGAGUUUCUCCUUCUAGUAACAGGGGAUAUGAAACAGACAUUUGCCAUGUUUCCUGAGGUUCUGAUGAUUGACUGCACUUAUUGCACGAACAGAUUGAGGAUGCCUUUAUUUUCCCUACUAGUGGAAGAUGGAAAUGGGAGUGGCCAAACCGUGGGAUAUGCCUUUAUCACAAAUGAAACGGAGAACACCCUCUCAGCUGUCAUGACAGAGAUGUCAAGAAUUCAUAAAUUAGGGAAAGUAAAAGUUGUUGUAUUAGAUAAAGAUAUGAAAGAAAUUGCUGCUGUCAAAAAAGUAAUUCCAGGGGCAGAUGUUCAAUUAUGUAAAUUCCAUGUCAUUCAGGCUGUAGAUAGAUUCAUUAAUAAAUUAUCAAUAGCUCAAGAAACAAAAGGUGACCUUAAAAAAUCUUUCCAAGCACUUGUUUUUUCCAAAUCAAAGUCAGCUUUUGAGAGGUCAUUAGGUCAUCUGGCAGCCACUGCACCUGAGAACUUCAUGGCGUAUUACAACAAGAAUUGGGGAAAGCAACAUCAAGUUCAGCAUUGGGCAUACUACAAAACAAUUAAGCAAAUUAAUUUGGGAAACACAACAAAUAAUAGAAUCGAGUCUCAUAAUCAAAAGAUCAAAGAUGUUCUGAAGCGUAACAUGACUCUUCCAGAAGCAGUUAAGAGCAUCAUACUAUUGCACACUGGAAGAGUAAAUGAAAUGGCCCACAGAGAGUUUAACCACACAUUUAAAACAGCGUACCGCCUAGGAGAUGAUGAUGUUGUCAAAGAUGACAUUGUAAAGCAGAUAACACCUUAUGCAGCAGGUAUCAUCAUAGCAGAAUUAGAGAAGGCUCGUUUCAGCACAUCUAAGAACAGCAAAGACUGUGCAUGCCCUCUAAAAACAGCAAUGCUUUUGCCUUGUAGACAUCUUUUUGCCAACAGGAUUGAGCAAGGCGAGAGACUGUUUCAUAUUGAAGAUGUUGGAGAGCGAUGGCAUCUGGCAUACCAGAAAAGAAUAUGGACAUGCAGAAAGCGGCCAAGAUCAGCAUCAACAGAGAGUAAACUAUCUUUGAGGAAAAGGUUUAAGAAAAAUCCUUUAACAAAAGUGCAGAAGUUUAAAGAAAUGAUGGUAAUCUGCAAAUCGAUGGCUGAUUUUGCUUCUUCCCUGGGGACAAGUGAGUUUAAUGAGAAGAUGGAUACUUUAACAACAAUACAUGAUGCAUGGCUAGGUGGGGAAAAGGUCAUGUUUACGACAGGUGAAGAAGAUCCAGAUGAACCAUAUCCUUGUGUUCAGACACCAGAAACACCAAAGAUGCCUACGUCUCCAACAAGCAGUAAUAAUAUGGUUUCAUCCCCUUGUUCUGAUGAUAGUAUAAGGAAUUGGCCUUCACCAUUACCUCCAUUAGAUAUUGCCUCACCACUCCUGCACGAAGACAAAGACAGAGAAAUAACGCCAAUGCCUUCACCAUCCUCUGUUGGAACCUGUACUCCAGAGGGAAAUGUAACACCUUUGCCUUCACCGUCCUCUUUUGGUAUACCGGUAUACACUCCAGAGAAUAGUGCAACACCUUUGCCUUCACCGUCCUCUUUUGGAAUAUACACUCCAGAGAAAAGUGCAACACCUAUGCCUUCACCGUCAUCUUUAGAAACACACUCUCUAGAGGAAGUUCCACUGACAAAUCCAUCAUCUCUAGUUACCCCCCAGAAAAAAGAAAAUAAAGAAAGAAUAGGGAAGAAGUUGUCACCAAUCUUCUCUGCAUCAAAGAUAGCAUCAGUAUGUAGUACUGGGAGAGCAUCUGAAGUGCUACAAGAUUUCAAGACUCUAAAACUACCAAAAACACCCCCAGUAAGAGGAAAUGCAAGGUUCAAAAAAGGGAAAGAAAAUGUUUUCCAAUCAAGACAAAGAUUAUUGAAAAAGAGAGAGUUAAGGGGACAAGAUGAAAAGAAGAAAGAAAAUCUGAAAACAGUAACCACAGUGGAUGAAAUGGAAUUAAUCAGAAACCCAAAGGAGAUGUUAACUGACAGCCACAUCAAUGCAGCUCAAAAGCUAUUGUCAGAGCAGUUCCCAAAGGUGCGUGGACUACAGGACACAAUUUUAGGCAGUAAACUUCAGUUUUCAGUUGAAAUUGGUGAUUUUGUGCAGGUCCUUCAUGAUGGUGGAUUGCAUUGGUUAACAAUAUCCAACCUAUUCUGCGAUGACAAUUGCGUUGACAUCUUCGAUUCCCUUUAUACAUCAGUCUCAAUGGAGGUAAAAAUGCAAGCUGCAUGUAUAAUGAUGAUUCAAGAACAAACCGUUUCCAUGAAUGUUGUUAAUUGCAUACGCCAAAAAGGAGGAUAUGAUUGUGGAUUAUUUGCAAUUGCGUAUGCCACAGAUCUCUGCUGCUUUGGGAAUGACCCAGGUAGAAAAUGUUAUUCUCAAAGUCAGAUGAGAGAUCAUAUGCUCUCUUGCUUGACAGAAAAAAUGUUCUGCCCUUUUCCAGCCGAAGAAAGAGAUGUGCAGAGAAGGGUAUCAAAAUCUUUGAAAGUUCCACUCUAUUGCAUUUGCAGGCUUCCGGAUAAUAAGGAAGAAAAAAUGGGAGAAUGUGAUAAAUGCAAAGAGUGGUACCACAAGUCCUGCAUCUCCAUACCUAAACACGUAUUUGAAGACGGGAAAAGGAGUUCAUGGUGCUGCACAAAGUGUCAAACUAAUGACAAGCAAGACCAAAUGAAUUACAUGCAUUACUAAGAGAUGCAGGACUUGUGAUACCAUUCUUUGCAUUUGUCACAUUCUUCCAUUAGAUACCUUUCUCUGCACAUCUUUAAUAACUUAGAUGUAUAUUGCUUAAAAUACGAAUUCUAGUCAAGCACUUAUUAAUUUAUUACAUGUAGUAUCUUUCCAUUUUUCUUGGUCACACAGUAUAAAGAUUGCAAAAAAUGCAAAGAGAAAUUCUGAGGCCUAGAAAAAAAAAUCUGUUUGUUUCCGCUUUUCUGACCGACCCUAAUUUAUAGUACCGACCCUUAAUUUUUUUAA